UUUCCGCCUCCCCAGCCUGCCUGGGAGCUGGGAGCUGUAUUAUGGUGGCCUGAGCAGCAAACGCAGCAGCAGGAGCCCGGAGCCCCCUGCCCCUUCCCACCACCCUGCAGAGCCCACCAGGAGGACAAGGAAAGCAGCCGCUGCCAAUCUGCCAUGCCCGCCCCUCCCAGCCCCCAGAGGGGCCCGAGCCACCCUCUCCCAGAUGACUGCUGAGGCUGGACGCCGCCGUCUCGAUGUAGCGGGGUCGAGGCUCCUUUUCUCUCUCUCCUCCUCUCUGCCUCUGCGGAUUUUUCCUGCCCGCUAGCCACAGCCUGCGGGGACUGGCUGAGGGGCCUGCAGGCUCUGAAGUCCUGAUGCCUCAAAGCUCACUUUUCUGAGGAGCCGCGGUCAACAGCACCCAGAGUUGAGGGUAGGCAGCAGUGACCGACGUGGGCCAGAGAAACCCCAACGGGUCCGCAGGCCAGGCGACUAUGGCUCCGGCCUUACCCUGGCUCCUGCUGUGGGUGGGCUCAGGAGUGCUCCCCGCCCACUGCACCCCACACGGCAUUCGGCUGCCUUUGCGGAGCGGGGUGGGGGGAGCCCCCCUGGGGCUACGGCUGCCCCGGGACACCGAUGAGGAGCUGGAGGAGCCCAGCCAGAGGGGCAGCUUUGUGGAGAUGGUGGACAACCUAAGGGGCAAGUCGGGCCAGGGCUACUACGUGGAGAUGACGGUGGGCAGUCCCCCACAGACGCUCAACAUCUUGGUGGACACGGGUAGCAGUAACUUUGCAGUGGGGGCUGCCCCCCACCCUUUCCUGCAUCGCUACUACCAGAGGCAGCUGUCCAGUACCUAUCGGGACCUCCGGAAGGGUGUGUAUGUGCCCUACACCCAGGGCAAGUGGGAGGGGGAGCUGGGCACCGACCUGGUGAGCAUCCCCCAUGGCCCCAACGUCACCGUGCGUGCCAACAUCGCUGCCAUCACUGAAUCAGACAAGUUCUUCAUCAAUGGCUCCAACUGGGAGGGCAUUCUGGGGCUGGCCUAUGCGGAGAUCGCCAGGCCUGACGACUCCCUGGAGCCCUUCUUUGACUCUCUGGUAAAGCAGACCCACGUUCCCAACCUCUUUUCCCUGCAGCUCUGUGGUGCUGGCUUCCCCCUCAACCAGUCAGAGGCGCUGGCCUCAGUUGGAGGAAGCAUGAUCAUUGGGGGUAUCGACCACUCACUGUAUACAGGCAGUCUCUGGUACACACCCAUCCGGCGGGAGUGGUAUUAUGAGGUGAUCAUUGUGCGGGUGGAGAUCAAUGGACAAGAUCUGAAAAUGGACUGCAAGGAGUACAACUAUGACAAAAGCAUCGUGGACAGUGGCACCACCAACCUUCGUUUGCCUAAGAAAGUGUUCGAAGCUGCAGUCAAAUCCAUCAAGGCAGCCUCUUCGACAGAGAAGUUUCCAGAUGGUUUCUGGCUAGGGGAACAGCUUGUGUGCUGGCAAGCAGGCACCACCCCUUGGAACAUUUUUCCAGUCAUCUCACUUUACCUAAUGGGUGAAGUCACCAAUCAGUCCUUCCGCAUCACCAUCCUUCCACAGCAAUACCUGCGGCCAGUGGAAGAUGUAGCCACAUCCCAAGACGACUGUUACAAGUUCGCCAUCUCACAGUCAUCCACGGGCACUGUUAUGGGAGCGGUUAUCAUGGAGGGAUUCUAUGUUGUCUUUGAUCGGGCCCGAAAACGAAUUGGCUUUGCUGUCAGCGCUUGCCAUGUGCACGACGAGUUCAGGACAGCAGCAGUAGAAGGCCCUUUUGUCAUGCCAGACAUGGAAGACUGUGGCUACAACAUUCCACAGACAGAUGAAUCAACUCUCAUGACCAUAGCCUAUGUCAUGGCUGCCAUCUGCGCCCUCUUCAUGCUGCCACUCUGCCUCAUGGUAUGUCAGUGGCGCUGCCUCCGCUGCCUGCGCCAUCAGCAUGAUGACUUCGCUGAUGACAUCUCCCUGCUGAAGUGAGGGGGUCCAUGAGUAGAAGAUGGACAUUCCCUGGACCACAUCUGGGUGGUUCGCUUUGGUCACAAAUAGGAGACACUGAUGGCACCUGUGGUCACAGCACCUCAGGAUCCUCAUCUACCCACCAAAUGCCAUUGCCUUGACAGAAAUGAAAAAAAAGCUGGCAAGGUGGGUUAUGGGAAUUGCACUCUGUGAAACAGGAGAGGGAAGAAAAAAGUGCUCUGGUGGUGGGAAUACUCUUGGUCACCUCAAACCUGAGUUGGGAAAUUCUGCUGCUUGAAACUUCAUCCCUGAAUCUUUGCCCACCAUCCCUUUAGAGUCUCCAACCCAAAGUAUUCUUCUUUUCUUAGUUCCAGGUACUGGCAUCAUAUCCAGGUUACCGCAGUUUGUAUCUCUGUGGUACCCUGGCAGAGAAAGGGCCAAUCUUGUUUCCCCUCUGGCCAAAGUCAGUAGGAGAGGACGCACAGUUUGCUGUUUACUUUAGUCUGUAUAAAUAUGCCUAACAUUGGUGCAAAGAUUGCCUUUUGAAAUAAACAGAAAAUAAUUAGAUUGACUAUUUGUACACAUUAGGGAUUUCGGGAAGAGGAAAAGGCAAGGGACAUAAGAGACAGGGAAUACUUAGGAUCAAAGCUAGGAAAGGCAGAAACAACUACUUGCCAGUUCCAGUUUUAAACCUCAUCUCCUAGACAGAAUCCCGUUUCAUAGAUGAGUGUUGCGUCCCAGUAUUUCUUUUCUGUGGUUGCAGCCUGACCAAAAGGGGCUGAUCAAACCAAAGAGCACUUUUUAGCUCUUAAAUGAAAAGUGCCCACUAGGAAGUUCCAUCUAACAAAUGAAUUUCUACCUUAUUAAUUCCACUCAUCUUUACUUAAACCCUUUAUUCUACAUACAAUAGGUAGCACUGAAAUAUCCCAACCCUUUAAGCCCCAAGUGCCCUAUGGGAGAGCAAUUGGAAUACAGCACGGCUGGUUUACAAGGGAUUCCUUCCCCAGAUCCCUAUUCCUCUGGAGUUUUGCAGCCAAGGUGCUAAGAGAAAUAGAGAGGAGACCUACCUAAUCCUUGAAAGCAGAAUCCUGAAGAUUCAUUCAAUAGGUAUAGAGCUGAUGCCCUAUCCCUCUGCCUGGAUUUCUUCCUAUUCAGCUGUAAGUGGUAAGAUCUUUACAUAAUACGUAUCUGUUUCACUGCCUUCUCACCCUGUCUAAUGCCCCCUCCAUUAUUUGGUUAAGGCACCCCACAAUGGCUCUAGUAUUACACCAAGAGUGCAAGAAACACAGGGUCUUCUGGCUCUAGCAACAUCAUCUUCAAUAUCAAGUCUGCCUUGGAAGAGGAUGACAGCCACAGGACUUCCAUAUUUCUUUCACCAUAAGAGCCCCUCAUCCUUUUCCUGUUCUGCUCUCUACUCCUCACUCCCGGAAUACUUGGGUACCCAGGCUGGUUCUUGGGCUAGACAGUGGGGACCAAAUUCAUUUCCUCCCUAUCAGUUCUAACACAGCAGUCUGAUAACAGUGUUAGUGGGAAGAGCUGAAUUUUCUGAUAUACCCACUACAUCCUAUCUGGUCAACAUACUGCUUCCAGGUAUGGGCCCUGCCUAGUGAGGGAUUACCUGAUGAAGGAGAGGGAAGUACAAGGAGGACCUCUAGAGUUCCUGGCCGUAGCCAGCUGCCCACAAGCCAUAAGCCAAUAAAACAAGAAGAGCGAGU